GUAAGCUGUUUGGAAAUCAGUUGAAUGUUCCAGUUCAGCUUUUGAAUCUGACUUUGCUUGGUUUUGAGAAAGUACAUACAGAAAUAAAAUUGGAAAAUCUGAGGUUGUAAGAUUAACUGAAGAAGAUGGUGAAGAUCUGCUGCAUUGGAGCUGGUUAUGUUGGAGGUCCAACAAUGGCAGUAAUUGCCCUCAAGUGUCCGUCAAUUGAAGUAGCUGUUGUCGACAUAUCUACUGCUCGAAUCUCAGCCUGGAACAGUGACCAGCUCCCCAUUUAUGAGCCAGGUCUUGAUGAUGUAGUCAAGCGAUGCAGAGGCAAGAACCUGUUCUUCAGCACUAAUGUGGAGAAACAUGUUGCAGAGGCAGAUAUAAUCUUUGUUUCUGUCAACACUCCGACAAAAACCCGAGGCCUCGGGGCUGGAAAAGCCGCAGACUUGACCUACUGGGAAAGUGCUGCCAGGAUGAUUGCUGAUGUCUCAAAAUCCAACAAGAUUGUUGUUGAGAAAUCAACAGUUCCCGUGAAAACUGCUGAGGCAAUUGAAAGGAUCCUGACCCACAACAGCAAGGGAAUAGACUAUCAGAUUCUAUCAAAUCCAGAAUUUCUUGCUGAGGGAACUGCAAUUCAGGACCUUUUGAAUCCAGAUAGGGUUCUGAUAGGUGGGAGAGAAACAUCUCAAGGGCAAAAAGCAAUUCAUGCGUUGAAAGAUGUUUAUGCUCAUUGGGUACCAGCAGACAGAAUCCUGUGCACUAAUCUCUGGUCAGCCGAGCUUUCGAAGCUUGCAGCCAAUGCUUUCUUGGCACAGAGGAUUUCUUCUGUCAAUGCAAUGUCAGCUCUGUGUGAAGCAACAGGAGCAGAUGUAUCACAGGUCUCUUAUGCCAUUGGCAAGGACACCAGAAUUGGACACAGGUUCCUGAAUGCCAGUGUUGGUUUUGGUGGGUCUUGUUUCCAGAAGGACAUACUUAAUUUGAUCUAUAUUUGUGAAUGUAAUGGCCUGCCCGAAGUUGCUAACUACUGGAAACAAGUCAUCAAGAUCAAUGAUUACCAGAAGAUGCGAUUCGUGAACCGGGUAGUCUCUUCCAUGUUCAAUACAGUCUCAGCCAAGAAGAUUGCUAUUCUGGGAUUUGCCUUUAAGAAGGAUACUGGUGACACGAGGGAAACUCCAGCUAUCGAAGUCUGCAAAAGGCUGUUAGAGGAUAAGGCACAGUUGAGUAUCUAUGACCCACAAGUCAAUUUGGAGCAGAUUCAGAGGGAUCUGUCAAUGGAAAAAUUUGACUGGGAUCAUCCUAUUCACCUUCAGCAGCCACUAAGCCCAAAUACCACGAAGCAAGUGAAGGUGAGUUGGGAUGCUUAUGAGGCAACAAAGGAUGCUCAUGGAGUCUGCAUUUUGACUGAAUGGGAUGAAUUUAAGACGCUCAAUUACCAGAGGAUUUUCAAUAAUAUGCAGAAGCCUGCAUUUAUUUUUGACGGACGGAACAUCAUAGAUGUUGCCAAGCUGAGGGAGAUUGGAUUUAUUGUGUACUCAAUUGGGAAGCCAUUGGAUCCUUGGCUUAAAGACAUGCCUGCAGUAGCUUAAAGCUGGUGCAGUUGGUUUAAGCUGGAACUCAAAAGAACAUGGAGAGAUGAAUGCGUUUUUCUCCAUACAUUUUCUUGUUUCUAUAUAAUAAGUUACUCUUUCUGUUGUUGUCACCAAAAUACAGUUUAGAUUGCUGAAAUAUAUGUUAUAAUAGCUACCUACUUUAAUUUCCUCUUGUAAGAGU